AGCCGCUUGGAAGAGGUGGAUUAAAAUUAUGCUUUUUGUUUUUCCCUCGGCGUAGUUUCGUGGAAAGAGUUUCGGCAAGCGGACAUACACACGCGGACACCGUCGCGCCGUCGCACUAAACUCGCGAAACUGUGCGCUCGGGACUUGGAAGUGUGCGCGGGCAGCGCUGCGCGAUCAGAUCAGCAGGAAUAAUCCCGCGCGACGGGGAACCUCCGGACGCUACCGUCAUCCUUCCGCGUAGACAGGUGUGUGAUCGUGCGGUGUGUUUUUCUUGUUGUUUCGGAUGAUGGGUCCCCGAUAACGCGUGAUCUAUUGGGGUACACUCGAAGUGCAAACACACGAGCCGUCGCUUUCGUCGUCCUCGUCAUCAUCAUCAUCGUCGUCGGCACUUCAUCGACGGGUCGAUCGGUCGGCGCUGGAGCCUUGCCGUUUUCUCUCCUAACGAACCUAAUGAAAGCGCGCGAUGAUUACACUUAAUUGUAGUGCUGAUGGGUAGCAAUUUUGUUGUUUAUGAUAAUUAAAUUAAUUCAAUCUGGGCAACCUAUCAUUUUGGAGCCAUCGUCGGCGGGAAACGGAGGAUUGGAGCAGGAGUUGCUGUGUACAGCGCGGGGAUGCGAUAGAGAUCGUCGUACGCCUGAUAUUUUUUCUUCCGAAUUUUGCUGAGUGAAGUUUGGAGCAUGUGAGACGAUCUGUCUGCCAUUUGGUGGCGGAAACCGUGGAAAGACGUGAACUGGAAAGCUAAUGUGACAGUGAAACCGAAAUGGAACAGCACAAAUGGCUGUAAAUUAAAUAAUUAUUUCAUCACGGGCUGUUAAUGAAAGUGAGUGCAUUGAUUACCCCGAAUAAGUCGUCGCGUGAGAGAUGUGAAGAAGAAGUGCGGAUCGGUUGCAAUUACUAGUAAAAAAUAGCGGGAAAGCUGGGAACCGACAGUGGACGAUUGUCAGAUUGUGUUCUUGGUUCCGGUGUGAAGUGUCAAAAGUGGAACGAAACAUGGAUAUGUCAGGGGCUAUGUCCGGAGCGAAUUCGCUCAACAUGAGACCACUCUUCAGUGGAUAUCCUUUCCAAGGUCAAGGCCGUGUAAACCAGCUCGGCGGUGUAUUCAUCAACGGUCGCCCGCUGCCAAAUCACAUCCGGCUCAAGAUUGUGGAGAUGGCAGCCGCGGGCGUUCGGCCCUGUGUGAUAUCCCGCCAGCUACGCGUUUCCCAUGGCUGCGUCUCGAAGAUACUCAACCGUUACCAGGAGACGGGCUCGAUACGGCCCGGCGUGAUCGGUGGCUCCAAGCCGAAGGUGGCCACACCGGAAGUGGAGACUCGCAUCGAGGAGAUGAAGAAGAUGAACCCGGGCAUCUUCAGCUGGGAGAUACGCGAGAAGCUGAUAAAAGCCGAUACAAGCGCGGGCUGUUGCAGCGCAGACGGCAGCCUCCACAGACAGCCUGGCACAGAGAACCGAUGUCGUGAGGAAGGUGUUUCGGAUCCGCCGAGUGUCUCGUCGAUUAGCAGACUGCUGCGGGGCGGUAGCAGUGGCCCAGCGGAAGCCCGGCGGGAUGAUGACGGGCGUAAGGAUUACAGCAUCCACGGGAUUUUGGGAGGUCGUGGUUCCGAUUCAAGCGACACCGAAUCCGAGCCCGGGAUUUUAUUGAAACGCAAGCAGCGUCGAUCUCGAACCACUUUCACCGGUGAACAGCUGGAAGCGCUGGAGAAGGCCUUCCAGCGAACCCAGUACCCGGAUGUGUACACCCGCGAGGAACUAGCGUCCAACACGAAUCUAACCGAGGCCCGGAUACAGGUUUGGUUCAGCAAUAGACGGGCAAGGUUACGCAAACACGCCGGAUCUCAGAUGCCCACACCGCUAGGAUCUCUCGGCUCGAUACCAAUGAGUCAGUAUCAUCCGGGUGUUCCCACGCAGGAAUCCUACCAAAUGGCAGCGGCAGCAAAUUAUGAUUUUGUUAACCAAACCCCGACCUCGUUCUCGGCCAGUUUCCAACAUGGACACUUCGGGGGACAAAACUUUGGCCCGAAUGCGAUGAGUUUCCACCAAAGCAGUCAAGAUUUCAUUCCGCCGGAAUAUACCAAAAUGAUGAACGAGGAGUACAUCAAACCUGCACACGAAAAUUCCUCCUCGGUUAAGCUGAGCCCCACAGCAACUCACGGAGGCGGCACUUCGCUUACGGAUAGCUACGUAACCAAACUGAGCUCGGCUGCUGGUCCCACCAUCACACCGCAGGAAACCUCCUGGAGCCAAUCUUAUCCGCCUCAUCCGGGACAGAGCUACGGAAUGAAUCUGGGCAGUGGUUGCACCCCGACGGGACCUCCCGGUGCAGUGGAGUACCAUCAGAUGCAGCAAGCUUACACCAACAAUAGCCUCACAACGGCCAAAUAUUGGUCAUGAUAAGUCACGCAAACAUACAAACCUAUACGAGAGCACCUCGAAGAAGCGAUUCCCUCUUUGUUUAGUGAAAUCCGUUUAGAUUGAAUAAUUAUUUUUUUCGUAAAGCUUCCUACUAUCGCAAUAGAUUUUAAAUAAGAGAUAGUUUUUAAGACACAGAAAACCCAAAUAUGUGAAAUGUGAAAUAAUUUUAUUUAAACAAAAAACUAUUCGAUGCUUUCGGUUGGAACAUUUGGACCCGCUUUAGGUUAAGAUUCAUUCGAUAUUUAUUUUUUCGACGUCUUCAGAGGCGCCAAGUUUAUCAUGUUGGAUCCCAAAUUAGCACCAUUAAGCCUUUUACCAAACAAAGUGUAGUGAUUUAUGAAACCAUUGACACGGGACUAAAUAAAUUGCCUUAAUUGCACCAUUCUUCGACCGCAUAUAUCAUUCUAUCCUGAAACCGUUCUCCGCUGGGGCACACACAUUUUUCGCUCCCUAUCGAACACCAUUCCGGGGGAGCAUUCCUUCACGCGAGACCUGAGCGCCAAGCCGGAAACGUAACACUCGAAGUACCGACUUUUACUCUGCGAAUCGGGGA